CCUGUAAUCUGUUCUAGUAAACCUGAAUGUGCCACCUUGUGCUCUGUUUCAGCCCAUCGUAAUGUACCAUUUAAGGCCUUUCUUCUAUCUAGCCAAGGUAUUUUCGUAUGCUGUAGGAGACUGUAUUUAAGUGUUGAUGUAUUCUCUGUUCUUUCCCCCAUGCUUGGAAUUGCAAUCUAAAGGGGUUUGUUCAGAGUAGGUUUUUUGGAAUGGAAAGUUUGCAGGCAAAGUGGCUCUUCCUCCAAAAUCACUUAAUGCAAGUAUCGCUGCUGCAGAGGUACUAGUUCCAGCAGGCGCCAGACAUGAAUGCAGAAAUUGGAGAAGAGUAUUUUUUUGAUGGAACCAGACGCAUUUGGAACCCUUAUACAGCAAGAGAAUAGACACCCGAACAAAGAUGUAGAUGACCGAGAGGUGUUUUCCCCUUCUGGUUUGGGAUUAAAUCUCUCAGUCGCAGACCCGGACAUUUCUCUGAGGAAAUGGAUACGUCUUCCCAAAAAUACCCAGUCAAAAAACGAGUGAAAAUUCAUCCCAACACAGUAACAGUGAAAUAUACUUCUCAUUAUCCCCAGCCAGGAGAAGAGGGAUAUGAGGAUGUUAAUGAAGAUACUGGAGUAUUUACGGAGGAUAGUCCUAAAACAAGACUACUGAACGAUGGGAAAAAGAGAGAAAGGACCUUUUUUGGUACAAUCGACACCAAGCUUCAGCCAGCACAACUGCCAAAACCUGAUGAGAUUGGGCAAUCCCAGCAUUUUCCUGAAGGAAAUAUACUGCAGUCGAGGAAAACGUGGGUAGUCCUUUUCGGAUCUGCCGUGGCUCAUGGAUGUGUGGCUCUAAUUACAAGACUAAUUUCUGAUCGUUCCAAAGUGCCAUCCCUAGAGUUAAUUUUCAUCCGUUCAGUCUUACAGGUUCUGUCCAUUACUGUUGUGUGUUACUACCACGAGCCUCCCUUUGGCCCCAAAGGCUACAGACUCCGGCUCUUCUUCUAUGGGGUCUGCAAUGUUAUCUCUAUUACCUGUGCUUAUACCUCCUUCUCUAUAGUUCCCCCCAGCAAUGGGACCAUCAUGUGGAGGGCUACCACUACAGUGUUCAGUGCCAUUUUGGCUUUUUUACUCGUAGAUGAAGGAAUGGCUUACAUAGACAUAAUUACUGUAGUUGGCAGCGUGUUUGGCGUUUGUCUGGUCAUGAUCCCCAACAUUGUUAAGGAGGAAAACUCUUUGCUGAGCACCUGGAAGGAAGCUUUUGGCUAUACCAUGACCGUUAUGGCAGGUUUGACCACUGCUCUCUCCAUGAUAGUGUACAGGUCAAUCAAAGAUAACAUCAGCAUGUGGACGGCACUGUUUACCUUUAGUUGGACGGGAACAGUGUGGGGAGCGUCCACCAUGUUCUUGCUUCAAGAGCCAAUCGUCCCACUGGAUGGAGAAACCUGGAGCUAUCUCCUUGCCAUCUGCCUGUGCUCCACAGCAGCCUUCCUGGGGGUCUACUAUGCCCUGAGCAAGUUCCACCCUGCUUUGGUCAGCACCGUACAGCACCUAGAGAUAGUCAUUGCCAUGGUCCUGCAGCUUGUCGUGUUGCGGAUCUUCCCAGGUGCUUAUGAUCUUGUUGGAGGAGCGGUUAUUUUGGUUAGUGUUUUUUUCCUCGCAUGUUAUAAACUGUCCUGGAAGAAUUUAGGAAGGCAAGAUUACCAGGAGAUUGUGGAUUCUUCCAUUAAAUGAAUUGUGGGUUUUGCCGUCCGAUUCUGGCUAUGUGACCGCAUGAAAGUAACAUAUUUCAACUCUGCGGUGUUCUAGCGUAGUGGCCAGGUCCUCUCUCUACUGUUUAAAUUCACAGCUGAUGUAGCAAUGUUGGCAUUUCCAGACUUCCAUGACAGGUGAAUUUUUUCUAGCGCGUACAACCACCAACAUACUCUCAUAUGGGAAAAGGCCAUUUGUCUCCAGCACGUAGGGUGCGUGAGUGGAAGCACAGGCUGGCCCAUGGAAGUGCAGGCCAAGUCGUAGGCACGUUCUUCCUCACCUUCCCUGGAUAAGGCAUUACAGAGACAGAGGGAUUCGCUACUGACUCUCAAUCCUGUGCAGUGUGGAAGUAGGAAAAUGAACAGUAAAACCAUUUAAAUGGUCAACUAGAGUGUUCAUUAUCCUCUGUAACACUUCUUAUGCUUUGGCUGUAAUAUUCUAAAUGAAGUAAUGCUAAUAUUUCUGUGGCUAAAACUUGCAUCUCCUGUGUGUACAAAGAAAAAGUCAGUAAAGUUAUUUGUGCUUUGUGGUCAAA